ACAGGACGUACGGUACCUUUGUCGCCCCACUGUAGGACACGAUCCCAGAAUGGCUGGUGCUUGAGGGUGAUUUAUCACGGAUUGCACAUGUCUAUUUAAAAGGUGAAACAAUUCCUCUUGUUUAACUCUUGUCCUUGACCUGUACAAGACUCAAAUGCAAAAUGGCUACUGAUAGCAACAACCUGAUACGCCGCCCGCUUCCACCGGGCUUCACGGAUCACACGUUCCAGUCCAAGAGCGGCGUGGAGCUCAGCGUGCGAGUCUGGCCGGCUGAUCCAGCUCCCACAAAGCCGGCGCCCUUUGUCGUCUGGACUCACGGCGGUGCGUACAUGGGCGGACACCACUUUCUUCCUCUCUCUUGGCUGGGACCUGGCUUCAUUCAGCGCGGAUAUCAUCUCGUGUCACACAAUUAUCGCCUCGGACCGCAGGCUCGACUCGACGAUGAGCUGGACGAUUGUCUCGAAGCUGUAGCAUGGUGUCGCUCCAACUUACCCGACGUCCUGGGGAGUGGCCUCGUCGAUGUUGACCGCUAUGUCGUCUGUGGCGAUUCCUCUGGCGGCACUCUCACUGGCCUUAUGGGCCAUCAUUUAAACCCGCCUCCCAAGGCCGUCAUCGACGUUUACGGCAUUGUUGAUUUUUUGGCCCCCGACACCAAGAAGAAGCUCUUCGGCGUCCCCAAGUCCGACAAAGACCUGUCGCCGUGGGAAGGCGAGUUCUCCGCCGAAGAACUGGACGCAUUCCUCAGCGACCGCGAACCGGCCAACCUCAUCACAGACGCACUAGACUGGGACGAACAGGACCUGAUGCCCGACGACGAUCUUUCAGCGUAUCUCAAGACCGAGUUCCGGUAUACUAAGCGCAUCCGUCUUCAGGCGGCAAUGCAGUUGUGGAGAGCCAUGCAGCGGCCGCCUCGGUCACUGUUGAGAGCCGUGUUCCACGAAGACGACUUUACCGACGAUGAUGCUUUGAAUAAAUUCAUCGAGUCCAUGAGCCCUUUGCGCCUUCUUGAAGCUAAGACCUUGUAUCCGCCAACCGCCUUCCUGCACGGAACAGGCGACUUCAAUGUCGAGGUGGAGCAGAGUUAUAUGUUCGCCAAGAAAUUGAAGGAGAUGGGUGUACCAGUCGUUGAGUGCUAUGAGCCCGGCGAGACACAUGGCUUUGACGACAAGUAUACGGGUCCUGAGAUUCCCGGCUGGGAUCUAUAUAUCCAGCCCAUCCUCGACUUCAUCGAUGAGCAUGUUGACAAGUAAAUGAUUCCCGAGAAUAACGCGAGAAUAUAAAAGCGUGAGUCCAAUUGAUUAGACGUGAUCAGUGAAACAUAGCAGAGGAGGAUAUAUAUCAGAGGGAAAGCCAACUGUCUAUUCAAUUGCGUAAUUCUCC